AUGGCGCAUCCAUCCAGACCGAUCUUCGCCUGUGCCCUCCUCGUUUUCCUCGCCGCCGCGGCGCCCUUCGCGGCACCGGCGUCUGCCGCCGCCGUGACGCAGUCGGAGACGUGCGUGCCGUCGCUGCAGCGGAUGCUGUCGUGCCUGGACUUCAUCGAGCACCGGUCGGACGAGAUCCCGGUGCCGUGCUGCGUUCAGGUGAACGCCACGGUGGCCCAGCAGCCGUGCUGCCUCAUGCACGUCGUGCGCGGCAACGUCGCCAGGCUCAUCGGCCCCGAGUACGACGGCACCCGCGCCUUGGUCAACGUCACCGUCAAGUGCCUCGGCGACGCAUCCAUCCUCACGUCCAUUACUCGCAACUGCUCAGGUUAA